CCCGUGCAUUGUGUAAGUGGCUGCACUGUUCCAGUGUUCACCUUAGACUCUCGCGCUCACAUCCUGUAGCUGCCACUCUUGUGUGCAUGUCGUGUCUUCAAGUUCCGGGACCUGAUGUAUAUAAAGACAUCGAGGCUAGCCGUGUGGCAGAAACACUAGCACCUGCGUGAACACUUCGCUUCUUCCUAGGGGACAAAUCGACGACAUCAAAAUGCUACUUAACCUGAGAACCAGCAGACGGACACUCGACGACGGCCUUCACCUUUGGACGUUUGUGUUGUUCCUGGCCAUGGCGCUGGUCAUGUGGACUUUGACCCUGUACUUCUCCCUGCACCAGCAGACAACCAUGACGUCAAGCUCGCAGACGUCAGCUCACUGCCUGACCCCGGCUGAAUUUGGCGCCCCACAAGCAGCAUACGCGCACGCCGUUUGCUUGGAAGCUUACAGGAAAGCUUAUCUACCUAGCCGUCAAGCGGACAACGAAACAGCACUCAGUGCUUCGCUUUACGAGAUUGGUUUGAAUUUAAACGACGCAGACAAAAAUCUGAAAAAAUUCAACCCCUCUUCGGAGCUGAAGUUGAAAGCCAACCAUGACAUUGAUUAUUUCUAUUUUCACAUCCCAAUUUUGAUGAUCGUAUUCGCUAUCUUGUUGCGAGUUCCGCAGAUAUUAUGGUCAAUGUACACCGCCAGCUGUGGAAUCAACCUACAGAAAACUCUCGAAGCUUUUAAAGACUUUCACCUAUUGACUGUAGAGAAAAAACGUCAUUUGAUAGACAGCGUUCUAACAUUCAACACACCGUCAUGUUUCACAGUUUUCGGGUUUUUCCUCUACAAGAUUUUACUCUGCGCGAUCACCAUUGGUGAAGUUUUGUUUUUGAAAUAUCACGUGACACUAGACAGUCACGUGAUGGGAUCCACGAAUAGCCGCAGCAAUGGACCUCUGCUUUGUACGUUUGAUUUCCGGAUGAUGAACUCAGUUCAGAGCUUCACCAUCCAAUGCCAGUUCAGUGGAGCUGGUUCCGGCGAUGACGACACUAGCGCCACCGUGGUCAGCGUUUACAAGUCUCUCACCCUCAUCGUUCUGCUAGUCCUGGUCGCUCUGUCUGUCGUCAAUGUCCUCAGUCUGCUCAAAUGUCUGCUCCAGGUCUGCCUGCCCUCCUGCAGACGUCGCCUGACGGGGGGCGUCAACCUUCGGGCCGACGCCACGCUCCUGCUGCUUCUGGCCCAGGAGAAUAUCGGGAGUCACGUGACUGAGGCGCUGGCUGAAAGCUACGGGCGGGCUAGUGGGGGUGGGUGGCAGAAGAAGGAAGAUCUCAAGAUGGCGCCUGAAGAGGCGUGAGGUUAUGUGAGAUAUUCCAAGAAAAGUGUAACAAAUUUGAAGUUUAAAACUGAUCAAGAGAAAGUAAAAUCUAAAACGAAUCUGUUUAUUAUGAAAUCUUUCCUUUGUUUCAAUCAGAUAAUAAAACUAGACCUUUAUAAACUA